AUGGUUGUGACUACCCAUUUCAUUGAUUCAGAGUGGAAGCUGCAUAAAAAAAUCAUAGCCUUUGUCCCUGUUACCUCUCACAAAGGGGAAUAUCUUGCAAAAGCCCUAGAAACAUGUUUGCUAGAGUGGGGGCUUAGGAAUGUUUUUAGUGUUACUGUGGAUAAUGCCUCGUCUAAUGACACUGCUAUGGGGUUUCUUAAGAAAAAAAUAGUGUCUUGGGGUACAUCAACUGUGAAGGCUAAGUAUAUUUACAUGAGAUGCAUUGCCCAUAUCCUUAACUUGGUUGUUCAAGAUGGCUUGAAGGAGUGUGAUAGUUCUGUGAAAAAAGUUAGGGAGGUUGUUAGAUAUGUUAGGAAUUCACCUGCCAGGCUAAAGAAGUUCAGGGACUUGGAUGAUUUGUUAGGAAUUGAGCAAAUGUCUUCUUUGUGUCUAGAUGUUCUAACCAGAUGGAACUCUACUUAUUUGAUGUUACAAUCUGCUUUGACUUAUCAAAAAGUCUUUGAAUCUUGUGAAGAGUCUGAUAGUUCUUUCAAAUCUGACUUGGGUGAUUCUGUGCCUAAUUUUAUGGACUGGGAUUAUGUGGGCAGUUUGGUGGAGUUGUUGAAAUGUUUUUAUGAUAUGACAAUCAGAAUUUCUAGAUCUUUAUAUGUGACAGCUAACACAUUUUUCAGUGAGAUUUCUGAUUUGUACUGUCUUUUAAAUGGAAUGGUGGAAGCUGGUGGGACAGUGAGCUUAAUGGGGAGAAAUAUGAAAGCAAAAUUUGAGAAGUAUUGGGGUGAUAUAGACAAGAUGAAUCUUAUGAUUUUCUUUGCAAACAUUCUAGACCCCAGGGAUAAAUUAGAGUAUAUGCCUACUCAAAUUAAUCAUAUGUAUGGUGAGGUGAAAGGUAAACCAUACUAUGAUAAAGUGCUUGCUGGUUUGAAUGAGUUAUUUGAUGAUUAUUCUGUUCCUGCUUCUUCUUCUGUUCAUGCUUCUUCUGUGUCUGCUGCUGUUGGUAGUGCUUCUUCUGUGAGUUCUGUUAGUUCUGUGUCUGUUGGAAGGCCACAGCAUUUACUCAAGUCCCAAAUUAAAAAACAAAGAUUGGAAUAUGGGAGUAAGAAAAUAAUUGAACUGGAUAUCUACUUGAGUGAGGCAAUAGUUGAGGAGGAUGAACUGGAUAUCUACUUGAGUGAGGCAAUAGUUGAGGAGGAAAACUUGGAUAUCUACUUGAGUGAGGCAAUAGUUGAGGAGGAAAACUCCUUUGAUUACUUGAGUGAGGCAAUAGUUGAGGAGGAAAACUCCUUUGAUAUUCUGAGAUGGUGGAAGAUAAAUGCUGAGAGGUUUCCCAUCCUUUCUAAGCUUGUUAGGGAUGUCCUAGCUAUUCCAAUCUCAACUGUUGCCUCUGAGUCUGCCUUCAGUACAUCUGGGAGAAUAUUGGAUCCUUUUAGGAGUUCAUUAACUCCAAAAAUUGUGGAAGCUUUGGUGUGUACCCAGGAUUGGCUUAGACUGCCCAAUACUCCUCUAUGUAUUGAGGAAAAUCUUGAAGAACUGGAGAGGUUUGAAAAAGAGUUAGUUGAUGGUGGAAGUGGAAGGAAUUUUGGUCCUACACUGGCUACAAUUCCUGUAAUUUGCUGGCUUGAAUCUUUGAUUGCACUAGUCCACUUUUAUGUGGCAAAUGGCAAUGAUGAAGCUUCCACCUAUAAUCUGAAAAGAAGGAUUAAGUUGGAAGAAGAGUAG